CGUCUUUCUUGCUAUAUACUGUAUAUAUAGACAACUCACAUACUAAUCUCUCUCGACGUGAAACGCCGUUAAAAGUGAUUCCUUUCGCCGUCUGUUUUCAUUCAAGUAGUAUAAUUUAAAUGGCGACAAUUAAGAAGCACGAAGCUGAACGUCUAAGAGCCGUUGAUCUAAACAUCAUCGAAACAUCUAAACCUUUUGAAGUAGCUAACACUGUGAGCCUCGAGCUCAAGGCGGAGCCAUCGUUAGAGGUCCCAUCGAUUUCAAUGUCUUUAGCUCCACCGUCGUCGUCAAUAGGACCGCCACUGAAGAGAGCUUCUACUAAAGACCGUCACACCAAGGUCGAAGGAAGAGGAAGGAGGAUACGAAUGCCUGCCACGUGUGCGGCUAGGAUAUUCCAGUUGACUCGAGAGCUUGGUCACAAAUCCGACGGCGAGACGAUUCGGUGGUUGUUGGAGAACGCCGAGCCGGCGAUAAUCGCCGCCACGGGUACGGGAACGGUUCCCGCCAUCGCUAUGUCCGUCAACGGAACGCUAAAAAUCCCGACCACGACGAACGCUGAUGCUGACGUGGCGGAAAAUCCGGCGAAGAAGAGACGUAAGCGACCUUCUAACAGUGAGUAUAUAGACAUAAACGAACCGGUCUCGGUUUCGGUUUCCUCCGGUUUAGCUCCGGCAUCCACCGCGGCUCAACAAACGCUGCCGCAAGGGAUGAUUCCGAUGUGGGCGUUUCCAUCAAACGCAGUGGUUCCGGCGGUUGGAGCUUUCUUCUUGGUUCAAAACGUAGCUGGCCCGUCGAACCAGCCUCGGAUAUUAGCUUUUCCGGCCGCCGCUGCUGCUUUACCGUCGACGUACGUCGCCUCUGUUCAGCAGGCUUCUUCUAUGGCUAGAACACCACCUCCACCUCAAGUUGUUCCAAACUUUACCGGGUCAGUUAUGGCUCCAAGCUCAAGCUCCGGCAUAGCAACGAAGAAUAUGCUCAGAGACUUCUCACUAGAGAGUUACAAUAAAAAAGAGCUUCACCAGUUCAUGACGACCACAACAGCACCACGGUCGUCGAACCACUGAAGGCAGAAAGAAACGACGGCGUAUUAUCGCCGGAGGAAAGAAAGAGCACGUGGGCACGUGAGGGAGGAAGUAAAGACGCUCACGUGUUAAGUGGGCCUAGAUUUUCGGCACAGGUAGGGUCCACGUCGUUGGUGGGUCAACACGCACCAAAACUGAAAAGCAGAGAGUGAGGGAAGGGCCCCGCAAGUGGGAGAAGGAGGGAGUGGGCCAGGAUUGGUGUGGCGCCCACUUCGGUUGGGUUACGUGGUCCGUUUUAGUGAGCCUCACCACCACUUUGUCUUGACGGUUUGGACUUUGUUUUUCGCUUACAAAUCCCUGUAAUAAUCUCAAUUCAUGGUCCACCCAACAACAAUCGUGAUAUUGAUGUUCUCUUUUUAUUUUAUUUUUUUUUUUUU